CCCGCCAUGGAGCUUGGCCCCGACGGCCCCGCCGCCCCCGGCCCCGCUGCCAUCCGCGAGGGCUGGUUCCGCGAGACGUGCAGCCUGUGGCCCGGCCAGGCCCUGUCUCUGCAGGUGGAGCAGCUGCUACACCAUCAACGCUCGCGGUACCAGGAUAUCCUCGUCUUCCGCAGUAAGAGCUACGGAAAUGUGCUGGUGUUGGACGGCGUUAUCCAGUGCACCGAGAGAGACGAGUUCUCCUACCAGGAGAUGAUCGCCAAUCUGCCGCUCUGCAGCCACCCCAACCCACGCAAGGUGCUAAUCAUUGGGGGCGGGGAUGGAGGCGUCCUGCGGGAGGUGGUCAAGCAUUCCUCUGUGGAGUCUGUGGUCCAGUGCGAGAUUGACGAGGAUGUCAUUCAAGUCUCCAAGAAGUUCCUGCCCAGCAUGGCCAUUGGCUACUCCAGCUCAAAGCUGACCCUACACGUGGGUGAUGGUUUUGAGUUCAUGAAACAGAACCAGGACGCCUUCGAUGUCAUCAUCACUGACUCCUCAGAUCCCAUGGGUCCUGCUGAGAGCCUCUUCAAGGAGUCCUACUACCAGCUCAUGAAGACUGCCCUCAAGAAAGACGGCAUUCUCUGCUGCCAGGGCGAGUGCCAAUGGCUGCACCUGGACCUCAUCAAGGAGAUGCGGCACUUUUGCAAGUCUCUCUUCCCAGUGGUGGACUACGCCUACUGCACCAUCCCCACCUACCCCAGCGGCCAGAUCGGCUUCAUGCUGUGCAGCAAGAACCCAAGCACCAACUUCCGGGAGCCCUUGCAGCUACUGAUGCAGAAGCAGGUAGAAGAGAUGCAGCUGAAAUACUACAACUCCGAUGUGCACCGGGCAGCCUUCGUCCUCCCUGAGUUUGCCCGGAAGGCCCUGAAUGAUGUGAGCUGAGCCGGGGUACUGCUGCUGACGCCGCCCACAACCUCGGACAGGGAGCCUCUGGGGCACCUGGGUCCCGCCAGCCCCGGACAAGACCCCUGCUGGCUUGCCCACCAACUGACUGUUACAUGGCCCCAGAACGCUGUCCGGCUGGCCCUGCCGGGUGGACUGUCUGUCUUCCUCUGGGUGGCGUUCAGCCACCAAACCUAUACCAGCUGUGUACAGCAUCUCCCCCACCUCUGUUGCCCCUCACUCACCAAACACAUGUAUUUAUAACAAAA